AUGUCCGGCUCCUCCGAGCUGCCUUCCAUCGAUGGCGAUGGCGGCGGCGGCAUGCCGUGGCAGACCGCUUCGGCAACCGUUGCCCGGCCACUGCCCAUCUCCGGCUCGCACGUCCUCAAGAUCGACGGCUACUCCCGCACCAAGAGCCUCGUCAGCGGCGAAGGCGUCACGUCCGAGACCUUCGCUGUUGGACGCCAUCGCUGGUUCAUGAGGUACUUCCCGGACGGCCACUCGUCCGACCAAUCUGGUUGGAUAUCCAUCUAUCUCCAUCUUGUUCACCCCGAUAGUGAUGACGAUCACGUCGAUGCCCGGUGCAAGAUCAGUUUGCUCGACCAGGACGGGGAGCCGGUGCCGUCGCAUGGCGCCGACAGCCAAACAUGCCACACCUUCUCGAGCAACACGGGACCAUGGGGCUGUCCGUGGCUCAUCACAAGGAGGGACCUGGAGGAAUCGGUUUACCUCAAGGACGAUGUUUUCAGUGUCAAGUGCGAAAUCACCGUGCCCGGGGAGAUCUUCACGGAGCCCAUCUCCAUGUUUGUCGCCGCGCCGCCUUCUGACAUGCACCGCCAUUUUGGCCGGCUCCUCUCCACCGGCGACGGGGCUGAUGUCACGUUUGAGGUGGGGGGCGAGAGGAUUGCGGCGCACAGGUGCGUGCUCGCCGCUCGGUCAUCGGUGUUCAUGGCGGAGCUUCUUGGACCGCAGAAGAAGGAGAAGGCCGGUGCUUCUUGUGUGCGCAUCACUGGCAUGGAAGCUGGAGUGUUUAAGACCAUGCUCCAUUUCAUUUACACAGACUCGCUGCCAGACAUGGAGGAGGGUGACGCGGUAGUGAUGGCUCAACGUCUGCUUGUAGCGGUGAACGAGUAUAAACUUGAGAGGCUAAAGUUGCUUUGCACGCAGAAGCUCUGCAGAUACAUGGACAAAGACGUUGAGCCUCAUCAACCGUUCGUGAGCUUUGUUUGA